GAUCACAGUUUGAUGGAUGUUUUCGCACAUCAAUAUUCACUUGUAGACCAAAUUACCCUUCACAAUCCCUUAAAUUUGCACGUAUGCCCCGUCCAAAGAUUUUAUUUUAACAUUUGAAACUCGUUGAUCUGUUGCUUUUGUUGUUUUAUUAUAUAGUCAUUGCUGGCGCAACAUGAUACAAAGACCUUUAAUUUUCUCUCCUUUAAAUCCAAUCUCUCCUCAAGUUUCAACACCGACCACUCCGCUUGUCAACGCCGUGUUCCCCAAACCAAACCGCGGCUGGAUCGCCCUUUCCUCUUCCUUCCAGUUACCGGAACUUCGGUUGCAAAAUUACCAGCUUACCCUCCCUCCUCUGGUCUGCUCUGCAAGUGACUCAGUGACAAAUCAACCAAGCAUGGCGUCUCAAGAUGAACAAGACCCUCGGAUUUCCAAAAUUUCUUCUGUGAUUCGUGUCAUCCCAGACUUUCCCAAACCUGGGAUUAUGUUUCAAGACAUAACAACUUUGCUUCUUGAUACAAGGGCAUUUCGUGAUACUAUUGAUUUGUUUGUUGAGAGGUACAGAGGGAAAAAUAUCUCUGUUGUUGCAGGUGUAGAAGCAAGGGGAUUCAUAUUUGGUCCGCCUAUUGCAUUGGCUAUUGGGGCCAAGUUUGUUCCUUUGAGGAAACCCAAUAAGUUGCCUGGGGAGGUUAUAUCGGAGGAGUAUUCUUUGGAGUAUGGAACAGACAUAAUGGAGAUGCAUGUUGGUGCUGUGCAAGCAGGCGAACAUGCUUUGAUAAUUGAUGAUCUUGUUGCCACUGGUGGAACCUUGUGUGCUGCAAUCAGGCUACUUGAGCGCGUUGGAGUGCAUGUUGUGGAGUGUGCUUGUGUUAUAGAAUUACUCGGGCUAAUGGGCAGGGAACGACUAGGAGAUACACCACUGUUUGUUCUUGUAAGCUCCACUUGAUUUCUCAAGUUUUGUGGUGGAAGAGCUUGUUUGUUGGCCUUUUUGAGUUUGCAAUAUAGCUGGAACUUUGUCUCAAAGCCUAACAAAACUACUUGGUUGAAUAAAAGGGCUAUAUUUGGUUAAUAAGUUAAUGUUAGGUUGAACUAAGAACUGUGAUAAGUUAGGUAUCGACGGUAUUCGUCCCAGUUUCUCUGACAAGAAAGUCUGUAGGUGAGUAUUUACCAGAAAUGUUGCAUUUCUGCUUGCAAGGAUGGUUGAUUGCCUUGUAAUAUUAUGAGCACUAUAUCUAGUGGCUUUCAUUGAACGGAUUGUUUGUUGAUACAAGUGAUUCUGUUGUUAAUGCCAUUGUCGUGUUUUCAAGCUGAAUUCACCAACUUAUUGACUAUU